UAAAAAUAAGAAAAGAAUUCCGGUUGAAAAAUAGGGGGAAUAUUUUAUCGCAGAGGGAGCUUGGAAAGAAAAUCGAAGCGAUUGAGAAACGAGGCAACGGAAUCGACUUCAUUAAUCAUUGCUACUUCCCUAAUACGGAUUGGAUUCAAUUCUUCUAUUCUCUUCUCGUCCAUUUACUGUUCUUCCCCUUGCUUUUCGGGCUUUCAAGGAUUUAUUAGCGGAUAUACUUUUAUGGAAGGAGUUGGGGACGACGCGGCCUCUCCAGUAGCACCUCUGGCCAAGUGGAGAAACGAUUUUGCCAGAGCGUUUCAGUAUUACUUGGAUCGAUCCACUCCUCAUCCUGUCCAGAGGUGGUUGGGAACCCUUCUUGUUGCAGCAAUUUAUGUGUUGCGUGUUUUCUAUGUUCAAGGGUUUUAUGUUGUUUCAUAUGGCUUGGGAAUCUAUAUCUUGAAUCUCUUGAUUGGCUUUCUAUCGCCCAAGGUUGAUCCUGAACUCGACGUCUUAGAAGGAGCUUCCUUGCCUACUAAAGGUUCUGAUGAGUUUAGGCCGUUCAUACGCCGACUUCCGGAGUUCAAGUUUUGGUACGCCAUCACCAAAGCUUUUUGUAUUGCAUUCUUCAUGACUUUCUUCUCACUCUUUGAUGUUCCGGUUUUUUGGCCCAUUCUUCUUUGCUAUUGGAUUGUUCUAUUUGUCCUGACAAUGAAGCGCCAAAUCAUGCACAUGAUCAAAUACAAAUAUAUUCCAUUCAGCAUUGGAAAACAGAGAUAUUCGGGAAAGAGGUCUUCUGCAAGUAGCAGUGGCGUUUCAAGAGACUAAGUUUCAUCUUGCCCCUCUGGUUAAUAGUAGACAAAGUGUGCAGCACUCGAAUUCUUCUUUCGGGUUUCCUAAACAAGCACCUGUUGUUGACAAGGACGUAUUCG